AUGGUGCCUAUGGGUCCUUUGUUGAGCCUGUGGCCUGAACAUGUUACCUUUCUGGAGGAGGUGCAUGUGGUACUGCCUGUAUGCAGUGGUGCGAAGAAUGCUUGGUGCACCACCGACGGUGGCUGGAAGCAGGUGCCUGUUCAGAUCAGACAGAACAUCAUGAUCGCGUCCUUACCACAUUUUUGUAAGAUGCUACCAGCUGGCGAACCAAUAGACAUAAAGGCUUUGGGCUACAUCAAGAAUCCGGAUGCGAAGGUUGUGCUGGCACACGUUGAAUGUCACGAGUGUAUGAAGAAACUCAAGGGCCGCGAGAAAGAUCCCCAUAUCCUUGAGGAUUUCAUCCUGUGUAAAGAUCCAGCACUACUGGACGAGCAUCAAGAUGGUGAUGAAGUGGUGCUGUCACAGCCAGCCAAGAGCUUCCACCAGAAGAUCCAGUUGAAAUUUCAGCGCUUUCCCUUCGUUUCCCCGAGCCUCUCAGCUCAGUCGGGAUCGAGUUUCAAAGCUCAAAUUGAUGAUGAAACCAUUGAGUUUCAAGUGGAUGGGUGCAGAGCGGAGGUAUACCGUCCACAAUGUGAGCCCCUCUCAUCCACCAUGGAGGAACUGCCAAAGCAGACGCCAACAGUUCCAGCAAAACAGGGUUUUGAGGUGAGGCUCAAGUGGCAGGAGCCGAUCGUGAUAGAGGUAGAUCUGUCAGAGCUGUCGAAGAACAUGAGCCCAGAUUUCCACAAAGUGCUGGCCCAGGAAAGGGGGAACUGGCACAAAAUGUCCGAAGAUCUAUACUUCAAAAUCUGGACAGAUGCCAAUGUUGCCAGAGCCCACGUUGCGCAAAGGUCCUUGUGCUUGGAGCAUGUCGAGCAGGUAACGUUUGCUUUGGUGAGGAAGAUUUGCAUGGCUUCGGGCUUGAUUUUUGCUGCUGACAAGAUUAAGAGGCUUACAAAGAUAGUGCGCUGCAGAAAGGCGACAGACGCACGAUGGUAUGACGCCUUUCGUUGCCGUGCGUUCAGUACAAUUAGCUGCUGUGCCGAUCGAGGUGCUAGCAAGAUUUUAUUGGUUGGCGUGCAAGCAAAGAUGCAGAACUCCACCAGGGAAGAGCUCCGCUUCCUUGACAAAGACCUGCAACAUGCAUCUGAGAAGAAUGAUAUCGCUUUCUAUCACUUGCUUCAAGGUUUGGAAUGCCCCAUUGACGGACUGGAAGAGAAUCUCCGACAGUGGCUUCGCUCAGAUGGAAAGCACCAGGUAGUUAUUGCUUCCUGCUGUGAGGACGAUGAAGAAGAAGCGCGACAUAUUUGCAAGAGCCUCAACGAGGGGCUGGAUGUGUUUGAAUAUGCUGAUGUACUGAGUCAUGAGGAGAUCAUCUGGAAUCUGAGCAUCAAUGCUGUGGAUAGGGUCAUGGCCCAACUUGAACAGGAUGGAUCUGGAAUUCCCGUUGAGAAGUUUGGCGAAGCUAUGAGGAUGCUGGGGCUCUCGACAAAGAUGAAGGUGUCAACCAAAUCCAUUGACAUCCUCAGCCUUCAUGACAUGUUGCUCCAAGAGCUCUUUGAACAGUCAGCCACCAGAACUCCUUUGGACAUGCUGCUGAACUUCUUGAGGAUUCUCGAUGAACCCAACGGUCGUGGCACCAUGCGUGUGUCGGCGCUGAAACGUUUUCUGGGACUCAGCGGACGUGGCCGGAGCGGCGCAACUCGUCCUCCGACUCCGACUGGGCUGUGCACAGAGCUGCGAGAGGCUGAGAUCCCUUUGUCCCAGCUGGGGCAACUGUUACUCGAUCCAACAACUCAGCAAAGGCUGCUGAAUGACAAUGACCAAGGUACCAGUCGUAUUGCCUGGGUAGUGGCAGACCGGAAUGCUCUUUCUGAGUUGGCUGGCUCGUGGCGUUGCGCUAAUUCUGGACCCGAUUCAGCCUCUAGUUCUGGACCACAGAUGGUUGGAGAGCUCCAGCAUUCAGCGGCUUCCAAGGAACACAAAGUCUCAGUGCCAACCCCCGUAGCCCCUCGACAGGGGCGGCACCUGUUUCUUUCGGGGCGCUUCAAUGAUCCUCAGAUCAAGAGCUACAUGAGAGCGGUCAGAGACAAACUGGACACUUUGGGAGUUGACACUUAUAUGGUGGAAGGACUAGGACCUGGUGGCGAUUUUGCCCCAGCCACCAUCACUGGCCUUUACUAUGCCAUCGGCAUGGUGGCAUUUUGCACCGAUCACUACGGGCAGAAGACCAACGUCGGCUAUGAGACUUUUCUGGAGUUGAAAACUGCACACGAAAAAGACAUUCCCAUCAUUCCAAUUCAACUUUGCGAGAUUUAUCCGCCAGAACCACCAGAUGAAGAAGGCCGAAAACAGAACUGGUUCGUCCUGGGCAAGAGUCGCAUAAAGAUCAAAGAUGUGGGGUCAAAGGAUCCUACCAGGGUAGCAAAUGAAAUCCUUAAGUCCUGGUUGGCAUUGCAUCCGAGCUUGAAACAUGUGCAAACCGCAGCAAAACGGAGCGGCGCUCUUGCCUUGUGA